UGUCGAAUUUGAUGCGAAUGACUUUCUAUAUAAUCGUAAAUUUAAUGGUGAAGGUAUAAGUGUAUACAGCGCCGCCUCAGUAAAACUUUGACCGUGAACGAAAACGUUUCGGCACCGAUCAGGUUGAUUUUAGAUCGAGUGACGAAUAGGUGUAAAGAGAUUUUUAUAGGACGCAGCCGCGUACGCGCGUAAAAGUGUGUAUGCAGCGUGAGCCGCGCGAAGAUAGAAAAGAUGCAAAAUAUGUUUCCUCGCGGCCACUGCGGGAAACUUCGAGCGACCAAAAUGUUAAAGAAAUAAUCGUGUCGCGCAAGUGUCUCUCGCUGGUAGAGAAGACAGAUCGUGUGCUUGAAGUUUCUUUCUCUCUCUUUCUCUUUUCAACCCCCUUCCUUCUCUUUCUCUUUGUGUCCUUCCCCCCUCCCGUCGACGCUCCUCUCUGGGUCCGUUCGUCGCACCGGGACGACGUUUACCGUGCGUCACGGGAAACGGCAUUGGGAGGAGACAGAAGGUGACAGCCCUCCCACGGAAUUUAUGGUGCACACGGGAGAAACGGUGAAGUGAGUAGUGUUAGAGUGAAGUGAGUGUAACGGCACUAAGUGCUAGACCGGUGAAAAAAUUUUUGGGGGUCUCCAUCAUUCCGGCCAAUAUAGGUGGAAAGAGAGAAAAAAUGCCGGGCCUAAUCGCCGUAAGCGAGUUCGUCGAGGAGACGAGGGAGGAUUAUAAUUCACCCACCACGUCUACCUUCGUCUCGCGGAUGCCACAAUGCAGACAGACAAUCACAUCUCUCGAGGAGACGCUGGACUUCGACAGGGAUGGAUUGACAAAGCUGAAGAAAGCGAUCAAAGCCAUCCACAAUUCUGGAAACGCUCACGUCGAUAACGAGGUUUAUCUUGGAAGGGCGCUGGAAAGGCUUGGAGAUGCCGCUUUGAAAGAACAGGAACCGGAUAUCGGCGCUGCCUUCUUGAAAUUUGCGGUCGUCACAAAAGAAUUGAGUGCUCUGAUGAAGACUCUGAUGCAGAACAUCAACAACAUCGUUAUGUUUCCCCUGGACUCGGUGCUGAAAGGGGAUCUACGAGGUGUGAAAGGUGACUUGAAAAGGCCGUUCGAAAAGGCGUGGAAGGAUUACGAGGCUAAAUACGCGAAAAUCGAGAAGGAAAAGAAGCAACACGCAAAAGAGGCUGGCCUCAUUCGAACGGAAGUGACGCCGGCCGAGAUCGCCGACGAGAUGGAGAAAGAGAGAAGAUUUCAAUUGCAAAUGUGCGAGUAUCUUAUAAAAGUGAACGAAAUUAAAACGAAGAAAGGAAUUGAACUGCUGCAGCAUCUAGUCGAAUAUUAUCAUGCACAAACCAAUUACUUUCAAGACGGCCUAAAAACCAUUGAACACUUUGGCUCAUACGUAGCUGAUCUCAGUGUAAAAUUACAAAAGAUCAGGCAAACGCAAGACGAGGAAAGAAGACGAUUAACAGAACUGAGAAAUCUCCUUAGAAGCUCAGGUUGCGACAAAGAGUUAAACGUAAAUGCGAAUGCAGGAUAUUCGCUUCACCAAUUGCAAGGGGAUAAGCAGCAUGGUGUUACUAGAUCCGGUCAUUUGUUGAAGAAAAGCGAGGGAAAAAUGAGGAGAGUUUGGCAAAAGAGACGGUGUGCUGUUCAAGCCGAAGGUUAUUUGGACAUUUGUCACGCGGACGAGAAUAAGCCACCAACAAGAGUAAAUUUAUUAACUUGUCAAAUCAAGCUAGUACCGGAUGACAAACGGGGUUUCGAUCUAAUUAGUUACAACAGAACGUAUCACUUUCAAGCGGAAGACGAAGCAGAUCAACGAGCAUGGAUGUCCGUUUUAGUAAACUGCAAGGAACGUGCUUUGCUUCGAGCAUUCGACGCAAGUGGCAAGGCUGAAGCUGGUACAGGAAAUCCAAGUUUAGUUGAACUUCAACAGGCUGUUAUACGAUGUGUCAUGAGGUUACCUGGAAACGAUCAAUGCUGCGACUGUUCUUCGCAAAAUGAUGCUACAUGGCUCUCUACAAAUUUUGGCAUAAUCGUGUGUAUAGAAUGCAGUGGAAUUCACCGUGAUUUAGGAGUGCACAUAUCUAGAAUACAGUCCUUGACACUGGAUAAUGUAGGCACUGCUCAACUGCUUCUUGCACGACACAUGACUAAUCAGGCGUUUAACGAAGUAAUGGAAGCUACGUUGCAUCAUAAUCAUAAACCAACCCCAACUUCCACAAUGGAAGAAAGAUAUGAAUUUAUAAGAGCUAAAUAUGUGGAUAAACGAUACGUGAUGAACACUUGUGCAGAUGAAAGAGAUCUCCUUUCUGACUUAGAACAUGCAGUUAAUAAUCGUGAUCUCCAACAACUUUUGCAAGUUUAUGCAGAAAAUGUAGAUUUAGCAGCACCAUUACCUACAUCGGAUCUGGGCGAAACAGCAUUGCACUUAGCAAUCUUACGUGAGAUGGGAAACAGCUUGCAUAUUAUAGAUUUCUUAGUACAGAAUAUGUCGACAGGUGGUAUAGACAGGACCACUAUCGACGGAGAAACAGCCUUACAUCUUUGUGCAAGACACGAUAGAGCAGAAGCAAUGAAGCUUUUGCUACGAGCAGGUGCUGAUCCAACACAUCGAAAUAAGCAGGAUAAAACUCCGCUUGAUAUUGCACAGGAAAUGGGACAUCACACUUGUAAAGAACUGUUAAGUCAUGCUUUACAAAGACAAAAGACAUUGUUUGACAAUGUUAAUAUCGACUGGAAUCUCUCGCAUGACGAAGGAUCUACCGAUUUUUCUGAUGACGAAACGAUAAUAGAAGAUAGGAAUGGUUGUUUAACACCUGAGAAGAAAUCUCGUAGUAGACCACCUUCUUAUGUGGGUGGCGGUGGUAGUGGUGGUGGUGCUGGAUCAGGAGAUUCGCCAGUGACUUUACGUAGUCGAAGUAGUACGUGUGACAGUUUGCAAAGUGGUUCUUCUCCAAGUUCCUCGACGAAUAGACAACAAAUGCCUCCACCACCGCCACCUCAAUCAAGAAAACCUGUUGCUGUACCUGCACCCAUGGCGCCAGAUAUUUCGGUCAAUAUUCACGGAUCGUUGAAGAAGCGUGUAGCGCCCCCACCACCACCGGCUGGAAGUACAGGUGGUAUACCUUCCUCUCAUUACGGUACACUACCUUCGUCCGCGUCCUUAGCAGCGUCAACGCAUAGCCGUACAACGAGCGAACCUAUCUUAGCUGGGCAUUCUUUACAUACUCUACCACAUGCGUUAAAUACAUUAAACAGUCAACAUCAUAAAAGAUCGCCCAGUGGAGAUUCUUCAACGGGACACGGUACGGACAAAGUAAACAGCUCGACGCUUCAAAGACCAAGGAAUCCUCCUCCCCCAGCUCCAUCUAGUAUCAAUUCCUCAAGAUUGAGUAAUGGACGUAGCAGCGAGUCGUUGAGUUCUAUGUGUUCGGAUCAUGGUUUGGGUAAUCCUGUUCCACCUCCACGUAAGCGAAGGACCGGGCCAGACUAGAGAGCUACGCAGAGGAGCCUUCAUCUUUGCUCCCAAAUCUGAAUCUGGUAAACAUCAGCCAUCCCACAUUACAGCUUGCUACACUUGAAAUAUCUCUUCUUAUUUCUAUAUA